AUGAGGUACGACAGGACCAAGGAUCCUCAGGAGCACCUAACAGCUUUUGAAGAAAGAAUGAACUUGGAAGGAGUAGGUGACGCGGUCAGAUGCCGAGCAUUCCCUGUGACGCUGGCCGGCCCAGCGAUCCGAUGGUUCAACGCCCUCCCACAAGGGUCCAUUACGACCUUCAUGAACAUCUCCGAAAGCUUUCUGGCCCGGUUCACGACACGCAUAGCCAAGGCAAAACACUCGAUUAACUUGUUGGGGGUCACCCAGAAACUCGGGGAACCGACCAGAAAGUUUCUGGAUAGGUUCAACGACGAGUGCUUGGAAAUUGACGGCCUCACAGACUCGAUCGCUAGUCUUUGUCUAACAAUCGGCCUGCUAAACGAGGACUUUAGGAAGCACCUCAAAACUAAGCCUGUGUGGACCAUACAGAAAAUUCAAAGCGUGGCCAAGGAAUACAUCAAUGAUGAAGAAGUAAGUCAGGUCAUAGCAGCCAAUGAACGGCAGCUCCCUAACCCGUCAACUCGGCAGGCUCCCCAGGUCGAUAGAUAUAAGGAGGCCCUUAGGGACGGAACCCCAGCCAAACAGCCCAAAAAACCCCCACGGGUGGGAAGGUUCACAAACUACACGCCACUUACAGCGCCCAUAGUGGAAGUUUACCAGCAAAUUAUGGACAAGGGAAUCCUGUCCAGGCCCAGGCCAUUGAAAGAGAGAACGGGAGGCAACAAAAGCCUGUAUUGCAAUUAUCACAAAGGUUUUGGCCACAAGACACAAUAUUAUUUCGACCUCAAAGAUGCCUUGGAGCAGGCCAUCCAAGAAGGAAAAUUAAGCGAGUUCUCCCGACUUAUUCGAGAACUGAGAAGACGGGAACGGGAGCACUCAGAAGAAGAUCGCACUCGGGCUGUCAAGGCUAGGCAAGAACCUUCAAGGAAUGCAGACAACCCCCAACUUUUGUGGUCAAUGUUGUGGUCAGACGCGACAUCUCCCCCAAGUCCAAAUCAGCAGCAAAGAAGGAUGCCCAGAUCCUUUAUAUCUCGGCAGAAGGUUCUAUUGCUUCAACCGGAAGACCCCCCAUGA